AUGGAGCGCGCGCAGCUGCUGCGCAUCCAGUCGCGCCUCAAGCGCUGCCUGACGCCCGCCUUCUGCCUCGACUACGACGGCACCCUCGCCCCGAUCGUGACAAACCCCGCCGCCGCGCGCCUCCCCGACGGCGUUGCCGCGCUGCUGCAGCAGCUCUCGGACCGCCACCCGACCGCCAUCGUCUCGGGCCGCGCCGUCGAGAAGCUGCAGGCGGGGCGGGGCGCGUGGGUGGACGUGCCCGGCGUCUACUACGCGGGGUCGCACGGCUUCGAGAUCCGCGGCCCGAACGGCUCGCAGCUCAACUACACGGUGGCGGCGCAGCUCCUGCCCGAGGUCCGGCGCGCGCUCGAGGUGCUGCACGCCAAGCUCGCCCCCAUCCCCGGGGUGCAGAUCGAGGACAACAAGUUCGUGGCGAGCGUGCACACGCGCAACGUGUCCGCCGCCGACCUGCCCGCCGUCGACGCGGUGGUGAACGGGCUGCUCGAGGAGCAGCCGCUGCUGACGCGCACGGCGGGCAUCCACGUCAUCGAGGUGCGGCCGCAGAUCCACUGGCACAAGGGCAAGGCGAUGGGCUGGCUCAUCAAGUGCAUGUGCGAGAUGCUCGGCCUACCGAGCGGCGCAGACUCGCGCAAGGCGACGGCGAUGCCGAUCUUCAUCGGCGACGACGUCUCCGACGAGGACGCCUUCGCCGAACUGCGCGGCGGGCGCGGCAUCCCGAUCGUCGUGCGCGCCGAGGCGCCGCUCCGGCGGAGCACGGCGGCCGAGCUCUGGCUGCGCGACCCGCAGCAGGUGGCCGAGUUCCUCGCCAUGUUCUUGAACAGCUGA